CUUCCUCGUAUAGACACGAAGAAACCAAUACAAAGUCCAAAGCCCAUCACCUCUCCAUCCCCACAAUCAUCGCCCAAAAUAUUUGAUACAUUCAAUUUGAAGCCUGCCAUUGUUCCCCAUUUCUUACCAAAAACAGCAAACACAGAGAUCAGAGAUCAGAUCGACGGCCCUGAUUCAAUCUCCCCAUCGGGUCGCUGCCCAAUCAACCUAUUUCUGAUUUUUGCUCCAAAACAAAGUUUUCAGUUUUGUGCAUGCAUCACCGCCAUCAUCAUCAGUAUCCGUUUGAUUCAUAAUUAGGGAACCGAAUUGAUGGGGUUCUUCUCGGAUCGAACGGCCAGCGAUUCUUCAACCUCGUGCUUCGGUGUUGGCUUAAAGGCUUCCUCUUUCCCAGUUUGAACCUCGAUUUGGGGAUUGAUUGGCUCAGAGAAUUAGGGCUUUGUUUUUUGUUUUGGAUCAAAGCAUAAAAAGGAAGAAUGAGAGUGACGAAGUCUCAGGUUUGGCAGCCUUGCAAGAAGAAGAGGUAGAGGGAACGCUGUAUUAAAAUUUGGAAAGGAAAGUUUGAGAGGAACGAUUUGGAAGAUUCUAGAGAUAGAGGGGGGAGAAAGAGUGAAAGAGAUUGGAGAUGUCGUCGAGGUCGGCGGCUGGCAGCAGGACCCGGGUCGGGAAGUACGAGUUGGGUCGGACCCUUGGGGAGGGCAAUUUCGCCAAGGUCAAGUUCGCUCGCAACGUCGAGACUAGUGAGAACUUCGCCAUUAAAAUACUCGACAAGGAAAAGGUCCUCAAGCACAAGAUGAUCGGCCAGAUCAAGCGAGAAAUAUCAACGAUGAAAUUAAUAAGACAUCCGAAUGUCAUCCGUAUGUAUGAGGUGAUGGCUAGCAAGACAAAAAUAUACAUCGUUUUAGAAUUUGUGACUGGUGGAGAACUGUUUGACAAAAUUGCAAGUAAAGGAAGAUUGAAAGAAGAUGAAGCAAGAAAUUAUUUUCAGCAGCUUAUAAAUGCUGUGGAUUACUGUCAUAGCAGAGGUGUUUUUCAUAGAGACCUAAAGCCGGAGAACUUGCUGCUGGAUGUUAAUGGGAUUCUGAAAGUUUCAGAUUUUGGACUGAGUGCACUACCUCAGCAAGUUCGAGAAGAUGGAUUGCUUCACACAACAUGUGGGACACCAAAUUACGUUGCCCCUGAGGUGAUAAACAACAAAGGGUAUGAUGGAGCAAAAGCCGAUUUAUGGUCUUGUGGUGUGAUUCUUUUCGUCUUAAUGGCUGGCUAUUUGCCUUUUGAAGAUUCCAACCUCAUGGCAUUAUACAAAAAGAUAUUCAAGGCCGACUUCACAUGUCCUCCAUGGUUCUCCUCAAGUGCAAAGAAGCUAAUUAAGAGAAUAUUGGAUCCUAACCCUUUUGCAAGAAUUACAAUUGCUGAGGUCAUUGAGAAUGAGUGGUUUAAGAAAGGAUAUAAGCCACCUAGUUUUGAACAAGUUGAUGUCAGUCUUGAUGACGUGGAUUCUAUAUUCAAUGAAUCAGGGGAAUCUCAAAACCUUGUUGUGGAGAGGCGAGAAGUACGAAAUGUGGCGCCUGUCACGAUGAAUGCCUUUGAGCUUAUCUCUACAUCCCAGGGCCUGAAUCUCAAUAGUCUUUUUGAGAAAAAAAUGGAACUUGUUAAAAGAGAAACAAGAUUCACAUCCAAACGUCCUGCUAAUGAGAUAAUUUCGAAAAUUGAGGAAGCUGCAGGACCUUUGGGUUUUGGUGUAAAGAAAAAUAACUUCAAGUUGAAGCUUCAAGGUGAAAAAACUGGACGUAAAGGUCAUUUAUCUGUUGCAACAGAGAUUUUUGAGGUGGCCCCGUCACUCUACAUGGUUGAGCUCCGCAAGUCUGGGGGAGACACUCUGGAAUUUCACAAUUUCUACAAGAACUUGUCGACGGGGCUGAAAGAUAUUGUUUGGAAAUCAGGAGAUGAAUCAAGGAAGGAAGCAGAAGGUGGUGCCAGUGCCGGUGCGCUGCCAUCUUGUGAGUAUCAUUUACGCGCCACGCAUUCGGUACUCGCUAUAAAACGAGCUGCCAGUACGCGUUCUCCCAUUCUCUGCUUUCGAAAAACAUUGUGGGGAAAAUCAACGACCAUGAGAGAGGAGGUCAUCAGCUCCGGAGGGACCAUUGAUCCUACUCCUGCUGCCAGUUCGGCGGGGGCAUCUUCACCAACUGUUCCGGCAAAUGUGGGGAGUGUAGAUGGGUCUAUUCAUGGACAAGGCUCCAAAGGAGCAUCCAUAUCUUGUGUUGGUUCACAACCCCCAAUGACGUCUUUGAGCACGAGUGCUGCUGGUGGUGGUGGUGGGGGUAGUUCUAUUUUUGGAUCAUCAAGACUGUCAUGUAGACCUUGGGAAAGAGGAGACUUACUGCGUCGCUUAGCUACCUUUAAGCCUUCAAAUUGGUUUGCAAAGCCCAAGGUCAUCAGUUCAUUGGCAUGUGCUCGGAGAGGUUGGGUGAAUGUUGAUGUUGAUAAGAUUGCAUGUGAAUCAUGCAGUGCAUCCCUGGGUUUUUCUUUAUUGCCAUCUUGGACUCCUGAUGAAGUUCAAAAUGCAGCAGAAGUCUUUGUCAAGCAGCUGGAUUCUGGUCACAAAGUUGCUUGUCCUUGGAGAGGAAACAGCUGCCCAGAAAGCCUGGUGCAAUUCCCUCCUACCCCUCAGUCUGCCUUAAUUGGGGGAUAUAAGGAUAGAUGUGAUGGACUUUUGCAAUUCCACUCUCUACCUAAAGUAGCUGCAUCUGCAGUUGAGCAAAUGUGGGUUUCUCGGGGUCCACAGGUUGAUCGCUUUCUGUCCCAGUCGCAGAAUCUAAUGGGAGGGGAAGUAGAUUUUAAAUCAGAAAGUAUACCAGAACUGGAAAGCUCCCGAGAUGGAGCAAUCUAUUUAUAUUCUCGUGCUCAGAGGCUUAUAAGUCUUUGUGGAUGGGAACCGAGAUGGCUUUUGAAUAUUCAGGACUGUGAAGAACAUUCAGCCCAAUCAGCUAGAAAUGGAUAUUCUAUUGGGCCUACGUAUGCCCAGAUCCAUCUUUCACAGGAACCUGGAUCAAGCAGGAAAGCAGUUUCUGCUUCUGCUAGAAAGGAUGCUGGAAAGAAUAAAGUGUUAGUUAAGGAAUCUAGAGGUGAUCUCAGGUCACCUUUACUAGAUUGCAGCUUAUGUGGUGCUACAGUUAGAAUUUUGGAUUUCUUAACCAUUCCUCGCCCUGCACGAUUUACUCCCAACAACAUUGAUAUUCCUGACACAAGCAAGAAAAUGGGAUUGACACGUGGGGCAAGUGCAGCCAGCGGGAUUAGUGGUUGGGUUGCUGCUGAUGAUGCAGAGAAAGAACAGACUGAAGACCGUGAUGAGGUAGCAACAACAACUGGGGGGAGUUUGGUUCCAAAAUCAGAUGUUGAUUUGAAUCUCACAAUGGGAGGUGGUUUCACUUUUAACCAAUUCGGCAGAACAGAAAUGUCCGGAAACAUUCACGAUGUAGAUAUGGGAAGGGAUCUGAUGAUUGGGCAACCUGCAGGCAGUGAGGUUGGUGAUCGUGCAGCUUCAUAUGAAUCAAGGGGUCCCAGCUCUCGUAAACGGAGUUUGGAAAAAGGUGGCAGCUCUGUUGAUAGACCACAUUUAAGGACGCAGCAGGCUGAUAGUGUUGAAGGAACUGUCAUUGAUCGUGAUGGUGAUGAAGUUACUGAUGGUGGACAAUAUUCAGCUGGGCCCUCAAAACGUGCUCGUGAUUCAGAUAUUUUCGAUACACAUUGUUCGUCUGGUGCUGGUCCGAGUCAUUCAAUGGGUCUUGAAAUUUAUGCUGAUGGUAAUAGAGUUGCUUCGUUUCAGCAAGGUAGUGAUCAAUUUGCAGGAAUCCAUUCGAAUAGGGAUUCGGCACGUGCGUCGUCAGUUAUUGCAAUGGAUACAAUCUGUCACGGUACGGAUGAUGACUCUAUGGAAAGUGUUGAAAAUUACCCGGGAGAUGUUGAUGAUGUUCAUUAUGAUACUCAUUUCCCCACUUCUAGUACAUAUGGAAAUCUGGACAUGAAUGAUACAUCAGAAUUGAAUAAUAGUAAUCAAGCUCAGCAGAGCAUUGGUUUCCAACCUGUUGCUGAUGUGAUUCCUGGGGAAAUGGGUGUUAGUAGUACAAAUGAUGGGGAAGAAAUUUUCAACACAGAAACCGUGACUGCUCAGGCGCGGGAUGGGUUUAGUUUCGGGAUUAGUGGAGGAAGUGUUGGAAUGUGUGCUAGUCAUGAAGCUGAGAUUCACGGGGCUGAUGUAUCUGUCCAUAGAGCAGAUAGUGUAGUUGGUGAUGUGGAGCCCAGAACAGAAGAUGCUGAAAAUCAGGGCCAGACAGGCGAAUCUGCCCCAGAUCCUGGACUGAUGGAUGAAAUUGUUCCUGAUGAAAUAAAUAGGGAAGAUCCACACGGUGAUAGCCAGGAGAUGCUAUCUCGAUCUGUAGGGAGGGCUGAUAGUGGCUCAAAGGUUGAUGGGUCUACUAAGGCUGAAUCUGUGGAAAGUGGUGAAAAAAUUAGUCGAAGCUGCAAGUUAGAGAACAAUGCCCGCCCUUCUCUUUCAUGCAAUGCUAAUGUUUACUCCAAUUAUAGAACAACCAAAAAGGAGGUCAAAAAUGCUGGCAAAUCUUCAUUUACGAACAAUUGUGUGUACCAAGAAUCAGAAUAUGCAGUUGCCAAUGGGAUAGGACCUCCAAAAGGUGAGAGCAAUUAUGAAGAACCUAUGGAAUUUGAUCCAAUUGGCCAUCACAACCAGUUCUGCCCCUGGGUCAAUGGGAAUGUUGCUGCUGCUGGCAGUAGUGGCUGUGGCCCUGGUACCAGUGCUGAUGUUGUUGCACUUUGUGGCUGGCAGCUGACGUUAGAUGCGCUUGAUGCUUUGCGUUCCCUGGGGCAGGCUGCAAUUCAGACGGGACAGUCCGAAUCAGCAGCAUCUUUAUACAAGGAUGAACACCAAAACCCUGGCCAGAAGCUCCUUCGACACCACUCUAUGAGUCGAAGCCAGGGGCAACAUUGAGAUGAGCAGUGAACGUACUUCCAAUUACAUGAUCAGAAACCUCGCUCAAAGUCGUAAGGAACUUGAAGAGCAAGUUUCACUGGAGCCGCACCCCCUUUGCCCCUCCUUAUGGUGGUGUAAUUUAUAUAAAGGCAGGAAUCUUAGAUGCAUUUUUUGGUAUGUAACUUUAGACGCAUUUUCAUGCAGAGUUAACUUCCUUGUCUGUAUUUUUGUUCAAGAUAUUUUUUUUUUUUUUUUUUUUUGGGUUUACUAUUACUUAGAAAAUUAGUGAUGUGAUGGACCAAUUGGAUCUGGACAUGUUUGAACAAUUGUAAUCCCCCGCAACUUGCUUUAAUGUUAUAUCUUCUUAGACUGCAAAUAUGGGUUUCUGCUUGACAGACUAAA